CAAAAAAUUUAUUGUUGUGUUCGUUAUCGUCACACGACAUCAAUGCUCAAGCCGGAAUCCAAAAAACCACAAUGCAAAAUCCUGAUGAUAGCUAUGAACAUGAAGCUGACAAUGACCAUAUGCUUGUAACACUGAUACUUCCUAAUGGUGAAGUGAAAAGUAAUUUUGUAGUAAGAACCAAAACCAAUGUACUUAAGGAAAAAAAGAGAAUUUUAUUUGAAAACCAGUUAUCAAAUGACUUCAGUCCAGAGGAUUUAAAAUUGUUUAUUUUAUUAAAAGAAGGAAAUGAAAUAAAAAUGGAUGAAAAUGAGAAUAUGAGUUUUUAUAGAGAGCAAUUGACAGCUGGGCAGUUGGAGCUUAAGGAAAGCGAUUAUGUACCUAAGAACAGUGUUUAUCCAACAUCCCCCCAAGAAUUUGGAUUAAAGUUGAAGUAAUGAUUGCUUAAAGUCACCAAUAUAAAAAAGUUUUUACUCUUGAGUGAUAAUUUAGAAAUUAAAUUGUGAUAUUUGU